ACAGCACAGCUGUUCAUGUUUUUUUGACAACGCUUUGGGGGAGUGCCGUGGACGUGAAGAAUUUUUUUUCAACAGUAUUAAAUUUCAUAGAUGACUUAAAUUUUAUAUUCAACAAAAAUGGCUGAGCUAAUGAAGGAUUUUGAUAAACCCGACUUCAGUGUAGACAAAUACACCAAACAACUAGUGAAGGAAUGUGUUGGUGGCGCCGAUUUGCAACAACGCAAGAAGGAAAUUCAAGUUUAUUGCGAUCAGACAUCAGCAACACUUAAAAAAUCUGUAUAUGCCAAUUAUAUGCAAUUCAUCGAAACUGCAAAAGAAAUUUCACAUCUCGAAUCUGAAAUGUACCAGUUGUCUCAUAUACUCAUCGAACAGCGUAAUAUACUCGGCUCACUGACCGACGAAAAAACACCAGGCAAUGCGCAGCCAAGCGAAGAAGGUGAUGAACAGCCUACACAGGAGGAAGUGGAAAAUAGUCAUGCUACACGCGCCGUGAAGGAAAUGGUACAGGGCUUUAAUGGUAAUCUUGAGGGUAAAACAUUUCUAAACGAGGGUGCUCUAAUUGAAUUGGACGCUAAUGAUUAUCGACCAAUACAACGUGUAUUUUUCUUUCUCUUCAACGAUGUGCUUAUCGUAUGCAAGGUCAAACAUGACAAACGCUUAGAGUUUCUUACUGAGUAUGAUCCCAAGAAGAUUGCUGUAAUUAAUAUUAAAGAUUUAGACGGCGUGCGCAAUGCAAUAAAUAUAAUAACGCCGGAUGGUUCAAAGAUCUUUCAGAGUGUUACUGCCGCUGGCAAGACGGAGUGGAUAGAAAAAUUGGAAGUUGCCUUUCGCUUUGAUCAACAAAAGAAAACGAACAAAAAGGGGCCUGCGCCGCAGCCACCUAAAACCAAACAGUCAUCACUACAACAGAAGGAUUCACCAAGUGACGCUAAAUCGUUGCUCUCCGAACUCAGCCCCACUGAUGCAAACGCUGGAAAAGUUGUAGAAAACUAUGGACCAGAAUGGAUACUGACGGCUAGCGAAGAAAUACAGACACUUAUCGCUCAAAGGCAUUUCGAAGAUGCGCAAACGCUAAUUCAACGUACACAAGAUUAUUUAGCAAAGGACGCAAGUUUUUUAAAUGCAAAAGAAAUCGACGAGAAAGUGAAAACAUUAGAAACGCAACUUACUGAUGUGCUGUUACAGGAGCUUUCCAAUUGUCAUUGUCGCAAUUUGCAAGUAACGCUGCGUGCCUCACGGCGUUCGUUGCAGAUACUCGUCGAAAUGGGACGUGCACGACAGGCUUGCGGCACGCUGCUUAAAGUCGCCACAAUGGCUUUACGUACGGCACAACGAGAGGCGCGUCGCAAUAAUGCUGAGAUAUCGGAGUUAUUUUUCUGCGACUUGGCACAGGUGGCAUGUGAAUUUUUAAGUGCCUUCGAGGCUCAACCGGCAUGCGUUAGCGCGCUCGUUGUUUGGUGCAAUGCCGAGCUGCAAUACUUUGCCAGUCAGCUAAUAAAACAUUAUCUUACGAAAGGCACACACCUAGACGCUGUAGCAAAGUGCAUUGAAGGCAUACGCAUGCCGUGCGCUAAGCUAACCGAAAUCGGUUUGGACCUGUCCUACCACCUUGAGGGCCUCUUACGCAGCACACUAGAAUCUCUGAUCGAGGAAUCACGGGUGCGUUUACUGGAGACCGUUGGACGUAGUGAAGACACCUGGCAACCAUACAAUUUGCAAACCAAAAGCAACCUAAAACGUUUGCUAUUAGAAUUGGAUGCACUUGGUAUCGACAUGCGUGCACAUACCACUGGCGACACUUGGAUUAAUCUCACACAAUCCACAGUGAUGUUUACACGCCAUUAUUUGCAAUUAACGGCGCAAUGUGCCUACUUGGCAAAAAGUGAGGUGCUAUGGCCCAAUUUGGAGAUGUUGUUGCGGGACCUUAUGCUGGCCCAACAAGCCGUGAAGCCAGUAGCGGGAUUGAGUGUGGAUCCUAAUUUCGUGCUUAAGAAUAAACUGUUUCUACUUGAAGAGUUAUUGCCCAUUGCUAUUGAUAAUUUCCAACGCAUAAGCGGCAGUGAACGAAAAUGUGAAAUAUUGCAGGAAUUGCAACGUCAAUUGCGCAAACAGAUGGCGCCUGUACCCAAGCAACGAAGUGUUUACCAAACUGAUGUGUUCUAAGGGAAGCGAGCGAAUAAGCGGUGCUUUUGAAUCAGUGCGCUGCAUCUAAAUUAUCAAAUGUAUAUUAUAUAAUAUUAGCGUGGGGAAUAAAAAAUCCAUUUCUCGGUAGAUGGCUGUAGUGAUCGAGUUCUCGUAAAGUGCCGAUCAAACAAUUUAAAGUUUGUGCUCAUUGUCAAGGUGACAUUCCACACAAGAAAAUAUAGUUUGCUGUUUUUUGUUUGCUCCAUUCAGUUGUAAGUUACAGGGUGAUAACAAUGGAAGUCAACAAAAGAAAACUCUGUACAUUUUACAGUUUUUCUUUGAUAAAGGUGAAAAUACAAGCCAGGCCGCUAAAAUCGUGAAUGGUUGUUGUUGUUGUAGCAGCAUAAACAUUUCCCGUGCAUAUGCGAGGAAUGCUGUUGAAGUGACAGUCCAUGGCCGGAUAUAAAUCCGGGUCGUUCCGGUUACGUAGAAGCGACUGACGUGGGAAUGGUUGUUGUAGCAGCAUACACAUUCCCCUACCUACAUACAGGGAAUGCUGCUGGAGUGACAGUCCAUGGCCGGAUAUAAAUCCGGGUCGUUUCGGUAACGUAGAACCGACUGUCGUGGAAACGUGAAUGGUGUUUAUGGUUGGUUUAGUCGAUUCCGGUCAGGCAUUUUCGAUGUUAAAGAAAAUGUCGAUAAAUUCACAGAAAUAAUUGAAUGAAAAUAAGAAAAUGUUAGUAGUCGUAGCAUCGCCCGGGACCUAACGAUCGACCAUAAAGCAGUUUUAAGCCAUUUGCCCCGAAAUAUUGAAUUUAUUUUUCCCCAAACUAAUAUUUAGGCAAAAAUGGGUAUUUAAUUUUUUGUAUAAAAGCAAAGCUCAUGAAUAACGGCACGUUCCACAAUCGUCUAAAUAAAUAAACUCACCAAUAUGCUUCUUGUUUUCGUAUUACUUUGAUUACACAUAUACUUUUCCAUUUUAUUAUCAUUAUAGUUAUAAUGAUUAUUAUUAAAUUUUUAAUUUAUGUUAUAUAAUAAUUAUGUACAUAGAUAACCACAUUAAUUAAUUUUAAUUAAUCUGCUGCGUUUUUGCGCAAAAAUCGAAAUUAUAUAUUUGUAGGUUUGCCUGCGCAACGGUUGUUUUUUUUACUAUACUUAUUGUUGGUGUGUUUCAAAAUGACUCUUCUUCUAUAUAUAUAUUAUAUAUAUGGAUUUUUCGUAAAUUUCAAAAUAGUUUACAAACAUUGCCCAAAAACGCACAUAUAUGUAACCCACAAGUAAAAAAUAAAUGACAAAACGCCUUUUUAUGGA